AUGGAUGCAUCAAGCGGGACUGUUCUUCAAAGCAACGAAGCGGGAGAUUAUACGCAAGGAUCGGAUCAAUCGGAUCCCGGACUGAGCGCUCCGUCCGAGUGUCCCAUGGCAAAACGUCGCAGGAUCGAUCCCACGGAAACAAGCGCACUAGAUAGCGAAUCAGAGGAGGAAAGCUUCCCAGAUGAUGCUGGAAAUGAGCCCGGACCGGUCGACAAUUUGCGGCAAUUCGACGUCCUGGAUGAGGUUCAGGGGGAUAACUCGGAUGAUGAUUCGGAAACGGGUGGAGCAGACGUGGAAGAUGGUAGUUCGGAAGGAUCGGAUGUAAACUACGACGAUAUCGAGUCAAUGCUCGACGAAGGGCUACCGGAAGAGCUGAGAAACACCAACAAGAAACAGCCGUACGAAGAACGCUUCAAGCAGGUCCUGGAAGAAAAAGGACGUAACCAUUUCGAGGUGUUACCAGAAGGCUGGGUGCAAGCAACCCACAUGAGCGGAAUGCCACUGUACCUGCAUAAAACGUCACGUGUCUGUACCGCUUCCAGGCCAUACUUUCUUGGACCGGGCAGUGUGCGGAAACACGAAGUACCGCUCAGCGCAAUACCGUGCCUCAACUACCGGAAGGCGCUGGAAAAGGAAGACGAAUUGAAGAAGGAACUAGCAGCUGCAUCGGCAGCACAAACGGCAGCUUCUGUGGAGAACGGAUCCGAAAACGGUGAAUCAAUCCCAUCUUCCUCAGAUGUCAGCGGCAACAAUCCAGACACUACCAAAGACGUGACGGAACCGAACCAAGAACGGCAACUCCACAACGCCCAGCUAAGCAAGAUGAUUGCCGGGGCGACGACUACCGCGGAAGCGCAAGCCAAUGCCAAAUUGCUCCCACUGAAGGUGAGUGCCAAAAUUGAGACGGUGACAGAAAACCUCAAGGCCCAAUCGCUCACCUCCGACGCCGUGAUGGAGUACUGCAAGAAGCUGUUCCGCUUCAAGACGAUACGGGUGCUGCGGUUCAAGUCUUGGGCUGCUCGGAGGAAGUUCACCAAGCACCGGAAACACAUCAAGAACCUGCAGCGGCCUACGCUCCCGGAUGGCACGAAACUGAUCACCUUCCCGAUGCUGAACAUCGAGGACGAGCAGGGCAACCCGCACGCUCGACCCAAGAAGGAGUGGAUCAUGAAUCCGAACGGCAAAAGCUACGUCUGCAUCCUGCACGAGUACGUACAGCACGCCCUGCGGAAGCAACCCACGUACGAAUUUAAGGAACUGGAAAACGCUGCCACGCCCUACUCGGCUACGGUCACGAUAAACGAGCUGAAGUACGGUACGGGGUAUGGCACGAGCAAAAAGCAGGCGAAAAGCGAAGCGGCUCGCGAAACGCUCGAAAUCCUCAUUCCGGACAUGAAGGAUAAGAUCACCGGCAAGGACGCGAAGAACACCGCAAACGGGACUGGCUCACAACAGCAAGCAUCUGACCUCCGAGAGUUGUCCGUGUUCGAUGAGAUCAAAAUCGAGGACCCGCGGGUGGCGGAAUUUUGCGCCAAAACGACUGAACCUUCCCCACACGCGAUCCUGCUCACGUGUCUGCAGCGUAACUUCGGACUUGGCGAGGUGCACAUCAACUACGAGGUGAACACGAUGAAGCACCGCAAGAACGAGUUCACCAUGACGGUGGGUAAGCACGUGGCCACGGUCGUGUGCAAGAACAAGCGCGAUGGUAAGCAGCGGGCCUCGCAAGCCAUCCUGCAGAUCCUGCACCCGCACAUCAAGACCUGGGGGUCGCUGUUGCGUCUGUACGGCAACCGGUCGGUGAAGUCGUACAAGGAGAAAAAGCAGGAAGAGCAGGAGAUCACCGUGCUGCAGAGCAAGGCCGCUAUUAAUCAGCCAAAUUAUGCGAUCCUCGAAAAGCUGAAGCAGGAGAUGUCGAAGCUCGAGGAGCGACAACGCAACGUGCGCGUGAUCGGGAAGUUUGUGCCACCGUCGGACAUCGAUCUGCCAACCGGUGCCGGAGCGAAUCUUAAAAAUGUCGACCUUUAGGCGACGAUCGUAUGAAAACAAUAUCAGAAGGAGACGAUGCAGUCUUGCCUUCGUUUCCGAAUCAUCACACACUGUGCUAUCUUCAUCGCAGCCGGCCAGGAACUGCACCGCAAACGUUACCUACGCUGGCAGUGUAUGCAUUUUACCAAUCGAUUGUUGAGCAUGUAAUUGCUAAUCGUGGUUUCGCGGGCAUGGGACAGCCAUUGCUGCAAAAAUUUGUAUAAA